CUGUCCCCAGCGGCCUCAGCCGCCGGCACCGCCCCGGCUCCGCUCUGCGGCUGCGCGGCUGCGGGGCGGGUGCGGAGGCGAUGGCGCUGGAGACUGUUCCGAAGGACCUGCGGCACCUCCGGGCCUGCCUGCUCUGCUCUCUCGUCAAGACCAUCGACCAGUUUGAGUACGAUGGCUGCGACAACUGCGAUGCCUACCUGCAGAUGAAGGGCAACCGAGAGAUGGUCUACGACUGCACCAGCUCCUCCUUUGACGGGAUCAUCGCCAUGAUGAGCCCUGAGGACAGCUGGGUCUCCAAGUGGCAGCGGAUCAGUAACUUCAAGCCGGGUGUGUACGCAGUGUCUGUCACCGGCCGCCUGCCCCAAGGGAUCGUCCGAGAGCUGAAGAGCCGUGGUGUGGCUUACAAGUCCCGAGACACAGCUAUAAAAACCUAAGGGGCUGCAUUCAGAGGGGCAGUGGACACCUGGGGCACUGCUCCAAAACCUUGUAGCUUUAACAGGUGGGCAGGUGAGCCUGGACACAGAGGGAGCUUGGUGGCUCAGCUCCUCC